CUGUGGUUCUCAGCGGCGGUUGAAUAGUUGUUGUCAGGAGGACCUCAAUGCUCUGUGCCCAAGGUGUUUCGCAGCUCUAAGGCCCUGGGGAGGGUUUCUUGGAGUCUCUGUGGAGCCCCUGGACCAGACCCCAUAGUAAAAGCUGCAGGAUCUUUCUUCUGGUCCCAGCAGCUCUGGUUGAGUCCCCGGACCCUGCCUGGCCCUAGGCUCCUGGGAAGAACCGAAUUGUCAGCAAGAGAACCUGAGGGCUGAGGCCCAGAGUAAACAUGCCAGCCAACCAGAGCUCUUCCCAGUGGUCCCUGGACCUGACUGCAGGAGGAAGAGACAACGCCUGUGAGGUCUCAGUGUCAUUCGAGGAUGUGACUGUGGACUUCAGCAAGGAGGAGUGGCAGCAACUGGACUCUACUCAGAGGCGCCUGUACCAGGAGGUGAUGUUGGAGAACUACAGUCACCUGCUUUCAGUGGGGUAUGAAGUUCUCAAACCAGAGGUCAUCUUCAAGUUGGAGCAAGGAGAGGAGCCAUGGACGUUGGAGGGAGAAACCCCAUAUCAGAGCUAUUCAGAUGGGAAGUUUGGGAUUAAGACCUCACAAAAAAGAAUUUCUGGGAAAGCUUCAUUUCAUAGUGAAAUGGAGGGUGAAGAUAUAAGAGAUGAUUCAUUGUAUUCCAUUUUAGAACUGUGGAAAGACACUGAACAAAUAAAAAGAUAUCAGGAAAAACAAAAUAAACCUGUGAGUCAUGCUACAUUCGUAAAUAAGAAAAUAUUGAAUACUGAAUGGCAUUAUGAAUAUAAAGACAGUGGAAAAUUUGUUCAUCCAAGCCAAAAUCACAUUAUUACUUCACAGAAAAGACCUCAUAAACGUGACUCAUUUGAAAAGGGUUUUAAGCAUAAUUUAGACCUACAUAUUCAUAAUAAAAACAAAGCAACAAAAAACUUUGAUAAAAUUAUUGGACACAGUCAAGUUUUCUCCCAGAGUUGUUCUUAUACUAACCAUGAAAACAUGCAUACAGGAAUGAGAUUUUGUGAAAGUAAUCAGUGUGGAAAAGUCCUCAACCUCAAACAAGCACUCAGUCACAAUCUGAAUUUUCCUGUUGGGGAAAAAGCAAAUAUGUGUACUGAAUUUGGGAAGAUAUUCACCCAGAAGUCACAUCUCUUUGCAUCUCAGAGAAUCCAUACUAUAGAAAAACCUGAUGGACUUAACAAAUGUGUGAGUGUUUUUACACAGAAGCCGCCACUACUCAGUAUAUAUCUGAGAGUUCACAGAGAUGAAAAACUACAUAUAUGCACUGAAUGUGGGAAGGCAUUCAUCCAGAAUUCAGAAUUAAUUAUGCACGAGAAAAUUCAUACUAGAGAAAAACCCUAUAAAUGCAGUGAAUGUGGAAAGUCAUUUUACCAGGUGUCAUCUCUACUUAGGCACCAGACAAUUCAUACUGGAGAAAAACUCUAUGAAUGCAGUGAAUGUGGGAAAGGCUUCUCCCUGAACUCAGCCCUCAAUGUACAUCAGAAAAUUCAUACUGGAGAAAAGCACCACAAAUGCAGUGAGUGUGGGAAAGCCUUUACCCAAAAAUCAACACUCAGGAUGCAUCAGAGAAUUCAUACAGGAGAGAGAUCCUAUAUAUGUACUGAAUGUGGGCAGGCCUUCAUCCAGAAGGCACACUUGAUUGCACAUCAAAGAAUUCAUACUGGAGAGAAGCCUUAUGAAUGCAGUGACUGUGAGAAAUCUUUCCCUUCUAAGUCACAACUCCAGAUGCAUACACGAAUUCACACAGGAGAGAAACCCUAUAUUUGCACUGAAUGUGGGAAGGCCUUCACCAACAGGUCAAAUCUCAAUACUCACCAGAAAUCUCAUACUGGAGAGAAGUCUUAUAUAUGUGCUGAAUGUGGGAAAGCCUUCACUGACAGGUCAAAUUUCAAUAAGCACCAGACAAUUCAUACUGGAGAGAAACCCUAUGUUUGUGCUGAUUGUGGGAGGGCUUUUUUCCAGAAGUCAGAGUUAAUUACACAUCAGAGAACUCAUACUACAGAGAAGCCUUAUAAAUGUCCUGACUGUGAGAAAUCCUUCUCCAAGAAACCACAUCUCAAAGUACAUCAACGAAUUCACACAGGAGAGAAACCAUAUAUAUGUGCAGAAUGUGGGAAAGCGUUCACUGACAGGUCAAAUUUUAAUAAACACCAGACAAUUCAUACUGGAGAUAAACCCUAUAAAUGCAGUGACUGUGGAAAGGGCUUUACUCAGAAAUCAGUUCUGAGUAUGCAUCGCAGUAUUCAUACAUGAAAGUAACCGUUUCUUGAAAAUGAGAAAGCCUUAUCACAGAAGUCAGGUCUAAGUGUAUAUCAUAAAAUUCAUCCAAGUCAGAUCCUAUAUGAAUAUAUUGCAAAUAAAAAGUACUUGUCAGGUUCUCUCACCUGAAAUGAAAAAAGCUAUUUAGAAGAGAUCCUCUAAGAAUGCAUUGAAUGAAGGGGAAUUUUCAUAUUUGUACAGUUUCACAAAAUAUAAUAGAAUUCAUACUAGGAAAAAUGCUGUCAGUUCGAUGAGUUAGGAAAAAAGCCUUCCUAUUGUAAAGAAAGUAUUAUAAAGCAGAUUGUUACCAAAUUCUUUAUAGAUGGAGUGUGCAAAAUUAUGUAAAUGUCAGCCAUGUUUACUGUGUUAAGCAAUGUCAAGUGACAACAAAAUGAAAGGACAACAAAAUAAUAUAUCUGAUGUAUAGACCUACUGUCAGUUCUGUAGGUUGUUUGUGGCAGAACACGUUGCACAACAGGAGGAAUAAUUGAAGUUCUUUUAAAAAACUUAAUAUAAUUGUACCUAUCAAAUGUGUUUUUCUAUUGAGUUUUUCUCACAUGAAUUCAUAGUUUUAGUCAUGGUUUUAUAUAUACACACAUCUGUAGAUAUAAUUUUACAUGAACACAUAAAUGUAAUCCUGUCAUUCAUACUGGUUUCCAUGACAUGUUUUUAUCCUUUUCAUUGUGGUACAAUGCAAAAAAGCCACAUAUAUCUCCCAUCCUUUUUUUAAAAACAGGUUUUUAUUGAUUUCAGAGAUAGGAAGAGAG